CUCUCUUCAGGUGUCUCCUUCAUUCUUUGAUCUUUCGCCCUCUCACGAAUUAUAAAGCAGAAGGGCUUUCCUGUGGAAAUAUACUACCAGUUAUUCCUUUGAACCCUAGAUAAUUGAUCAGACAGAUAAACUACUAACAAAGACUUUGUUGAUGGUUAUGGCUUAGUAUUUACCUGGAAAAGCUUCACUUGCGAUUCAGACAAAAAGGAAAGCUAAUGCCAAGUUCAACAAAAUAGGUGAGAGAAUUAGUGACCGCAGUCAUCACUAAAAGUAAGAUCAUGAGUAGUAGAAAACCCUAGCAGUUUUUGUUUUAAACUUGAUGGAUUCUGCGUCAGAACGGAGUACUGCACCCGACCGGAAUAUCAUCAACGAAGAUCCACUUUCAGCUACAGCAACGCCACCCACGGCUUCACAACAAGGAGGCAGUGAGCCGACUUCUUCUUCCCCAGCGCCACGGAGUCGGUACGAAUCACAAAAGCGUCGUGACUGGAACACUUUCUUGCAGUACUUGAACAACCAUAAGCCCCCUUUGACACUGGUUCGUUGCAGUGGUGCACAUGUAAUCGAGUUCUUGAAAUACCUCGACCAGUUCGGCAAAACUAAGGUUCACAAAACGGGUUGUCCUUAUUUCGGACACCCAAACCCGCCUGCCCCUUGCUCUUGCCCACUCAAGCAAGCAUGGGGUAGCCUCGACGCGCUGAUCGGACGACUGAGAGCUGCUUAUGAGGAGAACGGUGGACUUCCGGAAUCAAACCCUUUUGGGGCAAGGGCUGUGAGGAUUUAUUUGAGGGAGGUCAGAGAAGGGCAGGCUAAAGCUAGAGGCAUCCCUUACGACAAGAAGAAGCGGAAAAGGACUUCGGCCACAACUACGGUCGUGGGUGUCAAUGUGUCGGUGGCUGCCACUCAAACGGUGGAUUGUGGUGGGGGUAGCGGCGGCGUUGGUGGAACUGCGGCUAAUUAAUGUUUGUUCUGCUAUUACCAUUACUAGCUUAUAAAUUUGCUUAUGAGGUAUAUAAAUAUGUGCGGUUCUUUCUGGAAAUUGGAUCGACAUCUCUUGAACCAAAUUUAGUUAAAAAUCUAGUUUUAAUCUCUUUAAA